AUGGCAAGUCGUCCCGAUUCCAAGCGCAAGAGAGAGGGUGGUGAUGUGGACCCCGAAUCCGUUGCGGAAGAGGCCUCCGAGCUACGCCAUGAUCAGCUGUUGGAGCUAGCGCAGAUGGGCAUCCGUCACUGUCCAAGAGUAUGUAAGCACGCAGCAAAGCUUCUAAAGAAACAAAGCAAUCGACGCUUGCAUUGUGUCCGAUGCCACGAAGACUACGACCCCAAUUAUGCCGGAAACAAAGACUGCAAGUUUGAUGUGCAUGAUGAAUCAGAAGGAAUGAUAAACAUUGGUCGUGGGCCUGAUGGGGGCUUCGAUCGGUUCCAGUGGCCUGGCUGCGAAAAUAUUGAAGACGAGGAUGAGGAUCCCUGCUUUGAAGGUAGCCACAUUUCUGAUUGGAGCCAGGGUGGAGACUAUUGGAUGGAUGAGCACAUGGAAAAAGGCACCCCCUUGCCAGGCGAGAACGACGACGAUGAUGAUGAUGAUAGCAUCAAUUGGUGCUCCAAGUGUGGAAAGCGGCACUAUUACAAUGGAAUGUAA